AUCUCUCCUCUCACCGACUUCUCGGCAGCAUGCCGCUGCACACUGCUGCGCCGCCACGGCGCUCCUCGCGCCUCUCGCACAUCCCCACGGCGCAACCGCUGCUGCUGCGUCUGGCGUCGGGCCAGACCCGCGCGGCGCUGCUGCCCACCGACCUGACCGGCGGCGGCCCUUCUCAGCGCGGCGCAGCAAAGACAGCGGCGAGCGAAGGGCCCAUCGUCUCGCUCGGCAAGCUCGGCACGUUCCGCUCGCGCGCCAUCGAAGGGCUGCCAUUUGGACACUCCUACGAGCUCGUUGGCGGCGAGGUGCCGAACAGCGAGGACCGCUGGCGGAAACGCGGCGCAGCAGAGGGCAGCGACAGCGAUGCCAGUGAGGAGGAGGUGAAGCCGCGCAAGGGCGGCAAGAUGAAGAAGCCGGCUGAGGUGCGGAUAUUGGUGCAGGGCCCCGAGGAGGAGAUCGAGGAGACCGAAGCGACCAACGAGCACUUCGGCGAGGAGACUGCGCCAGCCCUAACGGCGCUCGACGUCGAUGCGCUGCGGCAAGCAGGCGUGGACGGGCGGCUCAUCGUGCAGGCGGCGAGCGAGAAGAACGCGACGUUUCAGCAAAAGACGGGCUAUGCGCAGGACAAGUACCGCAAGAAGAAGGAGAUGAAGCACAUGCGGACAUUCACACCGCUCGCGCCGACGACCUACAACGUCGCCGCCUUUCACUUUGAGCGCUCGCCGGAAAAGCUGCUGGGUAUGCGUGCCGAUGCGCUGUCGCAGAUGCUCUCGUUUGGCAAUGUCGGCGCUGGCGGGCGGUAUAUCGUGGUCGAUGGCGUGGGCGGCCUGCUGGCAGGUGCAGUGCUGGAGCGGCUCGGAGGCGAGGGCCGCGUCUUCAUCAUCAACGAGCACGACUCUGCGCCGACGCUCGAGCUCUUCAUGAACAUGAACUUGCCGCCGGAGUACAUCGAGCCCGUGCUCAGGGCCGUCAACUGGGCAGCGACUGAGCGGCGAUGGCGCUCGCUGGACGAGCCGUUGGCGGUCGACGAGGCGACGACGACGCCCGCUGGCAAGCCGCUCGGCGAGCGCGACAAGCAGCGUCUGCGCAAGCGGCGCGCGCUCUUCGAGGAGCACGAGCGGACACGGCACGAGCUCUUCGACGGCGAGUUCGACGGACUUCUCGUCGCCUCGCCAUUCGAGCCCGUCUCGGUGAUCGAGCGCCUCCUGCCUUUCAUCGCCGGCUCCGGCAGCAUCGCGGUGCACUCUCCGUACCUGCAGCCGCUCGUCGAGGCACACGCGCGUUUGCGCCUCACGCCGCAUCUCCUCAACCUCAGCAUCACCGAGCCAUGGCUGCGGAAGUACCAGGUGCUGCCCGGCCGGACACAUCCGGAGAUGACGACGUCGAGCAGCGCUGGCUACUUGCUCUCGGCGACGCGCGUGCUCACCGACGCCGAGUCGGAGGCGCUCGAGGCCGCGCAUGCACAGGAGCAGGAGGAACGCGUGGCCGCAGAGGCAGCGGCGCCGGCAGCCGAGAGCGCUGCCGAGCCGGUGGCGGAGGCCGCUGCGGCGCAGCCGACAUCAGAGGCUGCGACGGAUGCUGCGGCAGAUGCCGACGCCGAGCCGGCAGCGAAGCGCGCGAAGGUCGAGGAAUGA